CAGCUUUAAUGAGGUGUUUGGUCUUUAAAUCGGCUCAUUAUUAGGUCAGCGGUCGCUAGAGGGGGCGCGCGGAGGGAUCACCGUGAAUGGGCUGAUCCAUCCGCCGACCAGGACGGAUCCAAACGGUUCAAGGCGCACGGGAAUGACAGCGCGUCCCAUCACCAGCUUUAGAUGAAAUGGAUUCUGACUGUGAGGGCAGAAGCUGUGAAGGUUUGGAUCAUCCUAUCAGAUGGGACAGACCACAGGACAGAGGGAGUAAUGCAACAAAAACAAAUCAGGGGGAAAGUGACAGCCACGAAGAGUUCCACAAAAAGAGGUAUCCAAUUAGUCGCUCUGGCAACAACCCCGGCAGAGUUAAGAGAGUGGUCUCCUGUAAGAGGAAAACGCAUCAUCUAACGGUGGUCAGGAGGAAACCGCAUGCAUCUGGAAGGACUUCUGAAGCAGCAAACAAGGAGAACAACGUGACAGUUUUGCAGGACGCACAGCAAGGAAAAAUGCUUCACUGGGACUCAUUAGAGCGCUCACAAAACAUCAGUAAUAACCACGAGACUAGUCUAACUGGUUCUGAGCCCGCUGACUACAAGAUAUUCACUGAGCUGAUGAGGGAUCAUAAAACUAUGGUGGAUAUUCUGUUUGGAAGACAUUUAAGACUGAAGGUGGCUUUCACACUCUGGCAGAGAAAUGUUGAGGAGCUGUUGACAUACUUUCUAAAGAUUCAAGACAUUGCUGUGGUCGUUGAUUUUCUCCCAAUUUUUUCAAAAUGUAUUGAUGAAGACUCUCCAAAGAUAACCAUUGGAUCCUGUGUUGACUUGUUUCCUUUGGUUAGGAAAGUCCUCAACACUAAAUAUGAAGAGUAUCUUGUUGUUGGCUUAAAGUGGAUCCAUUCAGUUGUAAGAAAAUGGAAGAAGGAGCUACAAACAAGCGGCUACAGUGGAACAAUUCAACCUCAUCUGGAUGUAAAUUUUCAGGUUUUUAAUCAGCAGUUGUGGGAGUUAUGGCAGGAGAAACCUUCAUGGGAAUCUGUUCCGGAAGCUACAGCAAACACUAUAAAAUUUGUUGAAUCCUUCCUGUUUCAACUGAAUCAGCAACACUGAGGAUCCAAAUGACACAUCUGUUGACAUUUUUGAUUAACAUUCAUUUUGUGUGCAGCCUUACUUUUAAAAAAAUGACUAUUCAAUCUGUAAAUAAUGCAGUUAGACACACUUCAUACAUUGUACUGUAUUUAUGGCCUUAAAAGACACUUUAGUUUGACAUGUUUUUAUAGUUGCUUCAAUGACAGAUUUAAAUGGUAAAUAUGAAAGUUUGUGUACAGUGAAAUGUAGUAGUUAUAAAUAAAUAUGUUACUUAAAAAAGUGGAAUGUUAAGUAUUCUUAACAGAAUUUGUUAUAAUAAAAUGAUUUAUUUCUCCUCUU